CCAUGAGUGACAUAAAGCAUACAAGGAUUCAAACAAAUGGGAUAUGGAUGCACAUAGCAGAGAAAGGCCAAGGACCUCUUGUUCUUCUCAUUCAUGGCUUUCCUCAGCUUUGGUCUUGCUGGAAUUACCAGAUUAAUCACUUGGCUGCACAUGGCUUUCAUGUGGUUGCUCCAGAUAUGCGAGGCUAUGGCGACUCUGAUUGCCCUCAGAACCCCGCAUCUUAUACAGUUUUCCACCUUGUUGGAGAUUUGAUUGGCCUGCUAGACAAGCUUGGAGAAGAACAGGCAUUUGUGGUGGGUCAUGACUGGGGUGCAACACUUGCUUCAUACCUUUGCCUCUUCAGACCAGAUAGAGUUAAAGCAUGCGUUAGCCUAUGUGUUCCUUACCGGCCACGCUCCCCACAGCUCAACCCAAUUGAAUUUUUCGCCAAUAUAUUUGGUGAAGGGUUCUACAUUACUCAGUUUCAGGAGCCAGGAAAAGCUGAAAAAUCAUUCUCCAAAUACGACUCUUUAACAAUAUUGAAGAAGUUCUUACUUCUGGAUGGUCCUGAUCAUUUAUCUGCUCCUCCUGGUGUUGAUGUAAUAGACUUUCUCGAGACUCCAUCUUCAUUACCUGACUGGGUUAGCAUUGAAGAACUGCAACUCUCUGCUAAUAAAUUCAACACAACUGGUUUCACUGGCGCCUUGAACUACUACCGCGCUUUGGCCAUGAAUUGGGAACUAACAGGAGGAUGGCAAGGAGCCAAAAUCAGAGUGCCUACAAAAUUCAUCACGGGUGACAAAAAUCCAGGCUAUCAAUCAUUUGGGAUAAAAGAUUACAUACAAGGAGAAGAAUUUAAGGCCCUUGUACCUGACAUUGAAGUAGUCAUAAUCCAGGAUGGACAUCAUUUUGUACACCAAGAGAAAGCUGAGCAAGUUACUGAUGAAAUUCUGUCCUUUUUUCACAGAGAAAAUUAA